CGGAGUUUGGGAGAAGAACAGCGAGAGUUUCCUGUGAGCGCGCCAUCGUUUAUUAAAGACAGCGACGGCAACGCGCACAAGGAGCGCUUGUGGAACGGCAGCAUCCCGGCAGUCACUUACUUCAGCACAGCACUCAGACAGAGCAAUGGGAGGUGCGGUGGUGGACGACGGGCCUCCAGGGGUGAAGGCACCGGACGGCGGCUGGGGUUGGGCGGUGUUGGUUGGGUGCUUUGUCAUCACUGGGUUCUCCUACGCCUUUCCCAAAGCUGUCAGCGUCUUCUUCAAGGAGCUGAUCCGAGAGUUUGACGUUGGCUACAGCGACACCGCCUGGAUUUCAUCGAUACUUCUCGCCAUGCUGUACGGCACAGGCCCUCUUUGCAGCGUGCUGGUGAACAGAUUUGGCUGUCGACCAGUGAUGAUGGUUGGAGGGAUCUUCGCUUCACUGGGAAUGAUUCUGGCUUCAUUUGCUAAGAGCAUCAUUCACAUAUACCUCUGCACUGGAGUUAUUACAGGUCUGGGUCUGGCAUUGAACUUCCAGCCCUCUCUGAUUAUGCUGAAUCGCUACUUCAGUGAGAAACGUCCUCUAGCCAACGGCCUGGCAGCAGCCGGCAGCCCUGUCGCACUGUGCUGCCUCUCCCCGCUGGGACAGGUUCUCCAGUACCAGUAUGGCUGGAGGGGGGGCUUCCUCAUACUGGGAGGGAUGCUGCUCAACUGCUGUGCCUGUGGUGCCCUCAUGAGGCCCCUGUUGCCCCCUAAGAAGCCUCUCGAGCUGGAAGAGAACGCUCCCAAAGCUGAGGACAAGCCCCAGGCAAAGAAGAAACUGCUUGACUUCAGUGUGUUCAGGGACAGAGGUUUCGUAAUCUACACCACAGCAGCAUCUAUCAUGGUGCUGGGCUUGUUUGUCCCACCUGUGUUUGUCGUCAACUACGCUAAAGGCCUCGGCUAUGAGGACACCAAGUCGGCACUGCUGCUCACCAUCUUGGGAUUUGUUGAUAUGUUUGCCCGGCCUGCAGCAGGACUCAUAGCAGGCAUGAAGUGGGUGCGGCCCAGAUGUGUCUACCUGUUCGCCUUCUCUAUGCUCUUCAAUGGAGUCACGGAUCUUGUAGGAUCACAGGCAGAUAACUAUACAGGUCUGGUGGUCUUCUGUAUCUUCUUUGGCAUUUCAUAUGGCAUGGUGGGAGCACUCCAGUUUGAGGUCCUCAUGGCUAUUGUAGGGACAGAGAAGUUUUCCAGUGCCAUCGGCCUGGUGCUGCUGAUGGAGGCUAUCGCUGUACUGGUGGGACCUCCUGGUGCAGGUCGCCUCUUGGAUGCUACACACAAGUACAUGUACGUCUUCCUGUUGGCAGGCUGCGAGGUCGCGCUGUCGGCCAUCGUCAUGGCCUUGGGUAAUUUCUUCUGCAUUAAAAAGAAACAGGAAGAUGUAGGUUCGAAGAUGGAGAUGGCUGUGACUCCCGCAGAGAAGGUGGGGCUCAACGGCGGGGUGGAAGGCGAGGGAGAUGACGAAGGCGAAGAAGAGUCGAAAGGAAAAGAGAACGGACACCCCACGGCUUUAAAAGGGGGAGAAGAUGUGGUGAUGGUGGAGGAGGUCGGGGAGAAUUCUCAACUAUGAAGAACAAGACGGUUGAUGAGAAGAGAUAAACUGUGCACCUAGAGGAUACACAAAAUGACUGAUGAUGACCUGUGGCAAGGAAAUGGAGUAAGGGGCCACAGAAAUGUAUUGAGUCCAGCAAAAUAGAGAACAGAAGCAUAAGGAUUAAAAUAAUAUAUACACUAAAAAUCAAAAGUUGGACACACCUUCUCAGUCAGUGGUUUUUAUUUCAUUAUUUUAUACACUGUAGAUUCAUACUGAAGCCAUCAAACUGUAAAAGAAUACAUGUGGAAUUAUGUUGUAAGCAAAAAAUGUGCUAAUCUUCAGUAUUAACCUUCAAUGUAGGAAAUAAUACAAAUAAAUGAAAAGCAUUGAAUGAGAAGGUGUGUCCAAACUUUUGCCUGGUAGUGUAGAUACUGUAGAUCAUUUAUGAUAGAUAUAUAUUUUUUUUUUUUCUGGUCAAUUCUUUGCAGUUGUAUUGUAACUAUUUAUGUAGCCGUUAUUUUAUUGGGAGAGGGGGUUUAGAUUGAGACAUGUAGCAUAAACUUGAACUUUCUUCAUGGAGCAGAUCACGUGAAGAUCCACCACAAUGUUAGUCAGGUGGUACAGCGUUAUGGUCUCAAGUUCACGCUGAAAUUUCAAAUGUUUGUUUCACUCUUUUGCCUUAUUUAUUGGAUUUUUUAUUGGCAGGUUAUGCAACUAUAGGACAAACCACUUUCAAAAGGAGGUUGUAGGAACUAUUUUAGCAUCCAGAGUGCUCAAGAUGCAAUAAAUGGGAGCUACGCAUCCAUUGCUGCAAUUUAAAGUUACUCUUUGAUGUGUGUUUUGUGAUUGCUGUGACACUGAAAUGUAUCCAGUUGCUGCCUGUUGCAUAUCUGUAGAAUACUUGAACAAACUAGAAUUUUAAGUGUCAGUUGAAGAGAGUAUUACCUAAAGCUGUCUUUAGUGCACUGCUUGAUGUGGCAACGCUGCUGUAACGUGUGCUGUACGACGUGUGCGUCACAGACCACCAGCGGACAGCAGCAUCGUCUGCUUGGGUGAAGAUGUGCUGCAUUUCCACUGCCUUUGUUGUGCAUGAUGUCUCUUUUCCCUGAAUAAAUACAUGCUCCGAGUCUGAGGUGAAACGGACACCUUGUUCUACCAGCAUGAACUGUGGCAGCUUGAAGCCUUUCAGAUGGACUCCAGUAACUGAGCUGUUUCAGUUUGCUUCAUUCCAUUUGACUCUGUAGUGCUGAUUAAAUACUUCAGAUGAA